AUGGCCACCCGCAACGAUCGCCUCUCCAAACACCUCUCGGCCAUCCUCAAAGGCACCAAGAAGGUCGAGCGGACAGCCGAUGCCAAGCUACUGCUAGAGGCCGUGUGUGCCCAACCCGACCACCUGCGAUGCAUCGAACGCAUCCUGGCCUCGACCCCCGCCAUCGACGCUCUCCAGAACAGUGUCCGGCUGGACCUGUCCUCGGCCUUCUUGAACGGCCCGGUUGCGGCCUUUCUGAGCUACCUGCAGGACACCGGUCUGGAGAACUUCGGUAACGGGCAGUUCGUGCGCAAGAUCGUCGGCUACCUGGUCGAUCCCCCCAGUUUCUGGCUGGCCUUGGUCGAUGCCCACACCCGGCGGCAACUCGGCGAGGAGGCCGAAUUGGGCUUUGCCUGGCUGCUGCUGAAUCGCCUCGUGUCCUCGUCCUGUCCCUCGGAGGUGAUUCCAAUCGCGAAGGCCCACCGAGAGAACCGAUCGUUCCUGGACUCUCCCUCGCUCCCGAUCCGAACGGUGGGCUACCGCAUCGACAACAUCCUGCAGACCAUCGCUGCCCAAGUCCCGUCCGACGAGGGCUACCGACACCGACCGGGCGGCCGCCACGACAACGACCAUGAAGACUUCCGCCAGAUCGCCAUCCUGCCGACCCCCGAUGAGAUCGUCUCGACGGAGCUGCCCUACUACCGCCUGGCGGACGACAUCUACCGCGUGCCUGUCGACCGGCGCCCCGCCGCCCAUCACGACAACCAGUUCCGCCUGCUGCGAGAGGACCUGCUGGCCGAGCUGCGCAACGAUCUGCAGAUCGCCCGUGGCCAGAAGAAGGGUCGACGCUCCGCGCGCCCCAUCGACGGGCUGGUCUUUCAUAAGGUCGACUGCGGCGACGUCGGCCGUCGCCGGUCCUCCCGGCUGCAUUUCCGGUGCCCCAGGGGCCUGCCGCAGCUCGCGGGCCUGAAUCCCACCGACCGCAAGAAAAUCCUCGACACCAACAAGAAUUUCCUCAAGCAUCAAUCCUUCGGGUGUCUGCUCUACCAGGCCGAGAUCAUUGCCUUCGCCACCGUCGACCGCGGGGCGUCUUCGCUCGUGGACAACAUCCCGACGCUGGCGUUGGACGUGUCGGGCCAUGAUGGGCUGGGCCGCGUCCUGCUGUAUGCCAAACUCGGCCUCCCGUUCACCUUUCUGGUGGUAAACACUCCGGUCUUUGCGUAUGAGCCGAUCUUGCAGCGGCUGCAGGAGAAGGUCGAGUUCCCCAUGUCCGGCGUCCUGCUCGCGUCGGAGCCCAAGCAGCAGCCGCUGCCCCUCGGCGCCAAACUGGCCUCCGUGGUCCGCACAAUCCGAGCCAGCCAGGGCAAGGACCUUCAGACCAUCCUGAACGCCGAGCGAGAGAUCUCCCUGGAUGCGUCCCAGGUGAAGUCGCUCCUCGACGGGCUGGAACAGAGAAUCAGCGUCAUCCAGGGGCCCCCCGGCACCGGAAAGUCCUUCAUCGGCGCGUUGAUCGCCAAGAUCCUGCACGACCAUACCGACAAGACGAUGAUGGUGAUUUGUUACACCAACCAUGCGCUGGAUCAGUUUCUCGAGGACCUGAUGGACAUCGGUAUCCCGGACACCUCGAUGGUCCGUCUAGGUGCGAAGUCCACCGCGCGAACCAAGUCCCUGGGCCUGAUGGAUCAGUCCGCCGGUCAGUCGGGCGCCAUCUGCUGGCCGCUGGUCGCGGCGAAGCGACAGGAUCUGGAAGACCUGGCGGGUGAGUUGGGGGCGGUGGUGAAGAACUUCACCAGUGGGCGGGUUAGCAAAGGGGAGAUGCUCGAGUUCCUGGAGUUCUCGGAUGACUCGGACUUCUUCGAUGCGUGUCUGGUCCCCGACCUUGACGCCGGAAUGCAACGAGUCGGGAGGAAUAACAGGAGGAUCGACCGAUUCUACCUGUGGGACUGCUGGUACAGUGGAAGAGACGCUGGGGUGUUCAAGGAUACCGUUCGCCCCGAACACUCGCACAUCUGGACGAUGCCGGUUGCCCGGCGCCGCCAGUUGAUAUCCAAGUGGCAGAAGAGCAUCCUGCAGGAGAGUUGCGCCCGCGUGGUGGAUCUGAUCGAGCAGUUCGACUCCCUCGACGAGGAGCUGCAGGAGUACUUUUACGACAAAAAACAUGCCGCCGUCCUGGCGAAGAAGCGCAUCGUUGCCUGCACCACCAACGCGGCUGCCCGCUACGGCCGUGCCCUGCAGAUGGCCAAGCCGGACGUCAUCCUGGUGGAAGAGGCCGGCGAGAUCCUGGAGAGUCACGUCCUGACCGCGAUGACGCCCAACACCGAGCAGCUCGUGCUGAUCGGGGACCACAAGCAGCUGCGGCCCAAGGUCAACAACUACAGCCUGUCGGUGGAGAAGGGCGACGGCUUCGACCUCAACCGCUCGCUGUUCGAACGGCUGAUCCUGCGCCACUAUCCCCAUACCUCCCUGUCCAAGCAGCAUCGCAUGCGCCCGGAGAUCUCUCGCCUCAUCCGACAUCUGACCUACCCAGAGCUCGAGGACGCCGCUCGCACCCAGGAGCGCCCGCGACUGCGGGGAUUCCAGGGCGAUGUUGUCUUCAUGCACCAUACCCGUCUCGAGAGCGACCUGGAGGUGAUGGAGAAACGUGAUCCCACGGUCAAAGCCAGCAAGCAGAAUCUCUUCGAGGUGCAGAUGGUCCUGAUGGCCGUCCGGUAUCUGGGGCAGCAGGGCUACGGCACCGACAACCUGGUCAUCCUGACGCCCUAUCUCGGGCAGCUGUCCCUCCUGCGGACGGAACUCAGCAAGACCAACGACCCGAUCCUGAACGACCUCGACUCGAAUGAUCUGCUCACGGCCGGUCUGCUCACUCCGGGCCCGCAAAAGUCGACCAGAGCGGCCAUCCGCAUCUCGACGAUCGAUAAUUACCAGGGAGAGGAAAGCGACAUUGUGGUGGCGACCCUAACGCGCAGCAACGAGGCCGGCGAUAUUGGCUUCAUGGCGGCCCCCGAGCGCGUCAACGUCCUGCUGUCCCGGGCGCGCAAUGCCCUCCUGAUGAUCGGGAACGCGGACACCUUUCUCAAGAGUCGCAGGGGCCAUUCGACGUGGCAGCCUCUGUUCGAUCUGCUACGCGAACAUGGACAUCUAUACGAGGGCUUUCCGCUGCAGUGUGAGAGACACCCCGACCGGAGGGUCCUCGUCCGAGAGCCUGAGCAGUUCCACGCGGAGUGCCCGGACGGAGGUUGCCUAGAUCCUUGCUCGGCCCUGCUUGCGUGCGGCAUCCACCAUUGUCCGCGGCGCUGUCAUCGAUCGGAGGAGCACGCCCAGAUGCAGUGCACCGAGACGAUCCCCACCAACUGUCCGAACAACCACAAGGGCUCCCAGCCCUGCUACCAGGGCCAGACCACUCACAAGUACUCCUGGGUGUGCCAUCAGGACGAGCCCGAGACAUGUAAGGUUUGCCUGGAGGAGGCCAUCGAGGCCGAGAAGAAGAAGCUGGAGGAUGAGAAGCUGGAGGCCAAGCGGCAGGAGAUCCAGCGAGAGCAUGCCAAACGAUUGCAGGAGAUCGAUGAGAAGAUCAAACAGCAACGCGAGAUCCUCGCCGACGUCCAGAACGACCGGGAUCGACAGGAUGUCCUCGCUCAGAAGCAGAAGGAACUUCAAGACCUGACAGCUACUGCCAAGCGAUCCCGACAGCCUCAACCCCAGUCUACUGCCACCGCAAACAAGGCAUCCGGGAAAAGAAGCCCACAGGCGGAACCCGAACCAUUUGCCUUGCAAUCCGAGGCGAAGGACGAGUGGGAGCGCCAAAAGCAAGCGGAAGGACAGUCGAACGACGCAUUGGAUUCCUUGGUAUCGAUGAUUGGGCUGGAAGGGGUCAAAGAUAGUUUCCUGUCGAUCAAGUCCAAAGUGGAGGUCGUCGUUCGACAAGGCGCCAAUCUCUCCGACGAGCGAUUUGGCGCGGCUCUCCUGGGAAAUCCAGGCACCGGCAAGUCUCUCUGCAAAACCACCGUCGCGCGGCUGUAUGCCCGUUUCCUGAGCACGGUGGGUGUGAUCCCCGGCAGCUUCUUCGUUGAGACCUCGGGGUCGAAGCUGGCCACUGGCGGCAUCCCCGGAUGUCAAAAGCACCUCGACGAGAUCCGAUCGAAUGGUGGCGGAGCACUGUUCAUUGACGAGGCCUAUCAGUUGACGUCUGGAAACAUCGCAGGCGGGAGCGCAGUGUUGGAAUUCCUCUUGACCGAAGUGGAGAACCUCACCGGCAAGAUCGUGUUCAUCAUCGCCGGCUACAACAAGAACAUGGAGAGCUUCUUUGCUCAUAACCCGGGCAUUCCGAGCAGAUUCCCCGUAGAACUCCAGUUUGACGACUAUACUGAUGUCGAACUGCAGGCCAUCCUUCACCAGUGCAUCGAGCGGAAGUACAAGGGCGGUAUGCAGGUCGAGGGAGGCGCCCAGGGGCUGUACAUGCGGAUUGUCGCCCGUCGCAUCGGACAAGGUCGAGGACGGCCAGGGUUUGGCAAUGCCCGCGCCGUCCAGAAUGUCUUUGCGAGGAUCACAGAGCGCCAGGCCAAGCGCUUGCAGCGACAGCGCCGGGCGAAGAAGCCUGGCGACGACAUGUUGCUCACCAAGGAAGACCUUCUCGGCCCAGAUCCGAGUACCGUACUCGAAGGGAAUGCCGCAUGGCAGAAACUCCAGAGUCUGACGGGACUCGAGAGUGUCAAAGAAUCGGUUCGAGCCUUGCUGGACACGCUGCAGUUCAACUACCGCCGUGAGCUCGAAGAGAAGAAGCUGGUCCAGUUCUCCUUGAACAAGGUGUUUGUGGGCAAUCCGGGCACCGGCAAAACGACGGUGGCCAAGCUCUAUGGGCAAAUCCUGGCCGACAUGGGUUAUCUCUCCAAGGGCGAAGUGGUCGUCAAAAAUCCCUCCGAUUUCGUUGGCAACGUCCUGGGAGGCUCCGAGACUGCCACCAAGGGCAUCCUCGCGUCCAGCCUCGGGAAGGUGCUGGUAAUCGACGAGGCAUACAUGCUGGCCGGCACCUCUUCCACAUCAGACGCGUACACACCUCCUGACCCAUUCAAGACGGCAGUAGUGGACACGAUUGUCGCGGAGGUGCAAAGUGUGCCAGGUGAUGAUCGAUGUGUUCUCCUGCUGGGGUACAAGGAUGCCAUGGAGAGGAUGUUCCAGAAUGUCAACGAGGGCCUGUCCCGUCGGUUCCCGAUGAGUGCGGCGUUCCAUUUCGAGGACUACACCGACGAUGACCUGCAGACGAUCCUGGAUCUGAAGUUGAAGGAGGCAGGGUUUGAUGUCACGCCCGAAGCGAGGUCGGUGGUUCGCCAGUGUCUCAGUCGGGAGCGCAAUAAGCCGAAAUUCGGGAACGCGGGGGAGGUCGACAUUCUCCUGGACAAGGCAAAGCUGCGGCACCAGCAGCGGCUGUCAUCGCGGCAGACGCGGAGCAUUGACAUCCUCGAGCCAUUGGACUUUGACCCCGACUUUGACCGGGCCGAGAGGGGGUCCGUGAACUGUCGAACCCUCUUCGAGGGAGUUGUCGGCUGCGAGGAUCUGAUCGCACAGCUGGAAGGUUACCAGAACGUGGUUAGAAACAUGAAGCAGCGCAAGCUGGAUCCCCUACAACAGAUCCCCUUCAACUUCCUCUUCCGAGGUCCCCCAGGCACCGGCAAAACCUCGACGGCCCGACGCAUGGGACAGAUCUUCUACGACAUGGGGAUUCUGGGAACGGAUGAGGUCAUUGACGCGUCCGCAACGGAUCUCGUGGGACAAUUUAUGGGACAAACCGGUCCCAAGACGGAGAAGCUUCUUGAAAAGGGUCUGGGCAAAGUCCUAUUCAUCGACGAAGCAUAUCGCCUCGCCGACGGUGUGUUCGCGAAGGAAGCCAUGGAUCAGCUGGUGGAUUCUUUGACAAAAGAGAAGUACUUCAAGAAGCUCAUUGUCAUCCUGGCGGGGUAUGAUGAAGACAUCAACCGCCUGAUGGCAUCGAACCCAGGCCUGACCAGCCGCUUUUCGGAGACGGUCUCCUUUACCAACCUGGCUCCCGAGCAAUGCUGGACGCUGCUGCAGAGUAGCCUCGGCAAGAUCGAACAGCUUGAUACUCGGGUGACCCAGGCUCCGACAGACGAGUUCCGGUCCGAAUGCGUGGGCUACUUUGAGCGCCUGGCCGCGCUGCCGGGCUGGGGCAAUGCUCGUGAUGUCAAGACGAUUGCAGACACGGUCAUUCGCAAGGUUUUCACCCAUGCCCCUGACGGGGACGACGAGCAGUUCCGCGUCACCGAGGAGGCGGUGACAUCUGUUCUCCACUCGACCGUCGGUGAGCGUGAGCACCGCGCAGCGCCUCCGUUGACGGCAUCCGAACUGAUGGACUCUCUCAAGCCGCCCAUGGCCGCACCUCCGGGCCCUACGCAAGGACCCCCAUCGUUUACCACACAGACUGCGACUGAAGCACGACCACCGCCAGACCCCGUUUCUCCCGAUGAAUGCGCUCCCGCGCCACCCGGCAUCGCCGAGGAGGAGACCCGCGACCCGGGAGUGUCUCAGGAAGUCUGGGACCAACUGCAGCUCGACCGACAAGCGAUGGAAGCCGAGAAGCAACGCCACCAAGACCUCCUUGCCGAGGAACGCAAACUGCAACGUCAACUGGACGACAGCAAAGAUGACCCGGAAGACGAGGAGCGGCGGAGGUACGACGAGCAAAUGAGGCGUCUGGCUAGGAAGAAGAUUGAGGCGGAAGAGCGCGAGAAGCAAGAGCAGGCUGUGCAGAAGAAACUGCAAGCCAUGGGAGUGUGUCCGAUGGGGUAUCGGUGGAUCAAGCAGGCGGGGGGGUACCGAUGUUCUGCGGGGAUGCAUUUUGUUUCUAAUGAACAGCUGGGCUGACGGAUCCGCUAGUGUUUGUUGUAUGCAGACUGACAAUCCCGACCACAUGUUGGAUGUCCACUCAAUAUUGAAC